UGUAAUUAGGUAUUUAUAGGUUAGUUAUUUUAUGAUUACAAAAUCCCUUUAGUCUGUGAAAUUAUAGGAAUCUCCCAUUCAAAAAAGUAAGGCUGAUUAAACUAAAAAAAAGAAGGUCAAUAGAGUCGUUUUUAAGACUGAAAUUGAUGAGAAUAAUAACCUUUAAGUGGGUUUUCAAACUUAAAGAAAGAGUUAUGAUUGCGUUGCAAUAGAAAAUAAAAUCAAUGGUUUCAAUUUGAUUUCUAGUAUGCUAGAAUUAGAAUAGAAAAAUUUGGAUCUUUAAAUGGUUCUUUAGGAUAAAACUACUCAAAUUAAAUAGAUGUAAACAUAAAUUGAAUAAUCAAAAAUUACAAAUUAAUCAUAAAUUAGAUAAUAUAGUUUAGAAAAAAAGGAGCUUCUCCUUAAGUAAAUUAUAUCCUAAUAAAUAGAAUUAAAAAUCUUGAAAAAUAAUCUGAAUUACAAAGGAGAUAUAUAUAGAAGGUUUGAA